GGCCAACGUUCAAUCCACUGAGCCAAACCAGCUAGGGCUGGUGUGGGGACUAAUGUGUGAAGUAUAAAUAAAUCCAGGUCUGGCUUUGUCUUCGUGGCGUGAUUUGGCAGGAACGCUGGGGCCCUACAGCAUGGACCAGAGCUUAGAUGGUGUUUCAUUUGUUUUAGUCUGGACUGUUGAUAUUCUCUUUUUUGCCUGGUGGUUGGUGUCACAACUCAACCCAUCUGUUGUGCUGAGGGCCAUCACAGCGACUAAUGGGACUGUGAUGAGAGAGCAGCCAGCACUGGCAUUAGGGCCUGGAGACAACACAAACAUGGGGAGCCCUGGAGGAGGUUGAGGAUGAGGAAGAUGUGUAAGGAGCAGGACCUUAGGUUCUCAGAAUUGCAGCUCUGGGUUCAAUUGUCUCAAUUCUGACAGGUUGGCGUGACCUUUGAGGACAUUGCCCUGUACUUCUCCAGGGAGGAAUGGAGGCUCCUUGAUGAGGGUCAGAGACAGCUGUACCUGAAUGUGAUGCUGGAGAACUUUGAACUUAUAUCCUCCCUGGGUUGCUGCUGUGGAGCAGAGAAUGUGGAGGCCCCGACAGAACAGAAGGUUUCUGUAAGACUGUCACAGGCAAGGAAUCCCAAGUUAACCUUGUCUUCCCAGAAGAGCCACCCCUGUGAGAGUUGUGGGCUAGUCUUAAGAAAGAUUUUCCAAUUGACUGAGCUGCAGGGAACACAACAUGGACAGAUGCUGUUGAGGUGUGGGGCAUGUACGGAACUAUUUUAUUUCAGUACAAAAUUUCACCAGCAGCAUGUGAGAGAGAACACUUUUAUUAGGGGUGUGGAGAGGCUGUCACGUUCAAAUGACUGCAAUUUCAAUAUGUCCCAGAAUCAUUUCACCUGUGGGGAGGCUGGGCAAGGCACACUUUCCUUGUCAGGGCAUCUUCACCUAAAGGCUGAUCAGACCUGGGACAGUCUAAAUGAUAUUUCUGUGGGUGGUUUGAUGUUUCAAAGGAGAAAAGAUUUUUACACCAGAAAAGAAUGUGAGGGGGACAUUGGCAGCAGUAAUCAUCAUCAUCAUCAGAGAGUUUGGACUGGAGAAAAGCCUUAUAAAUGCAGUGAAUGUGGGAAAUCUUUUAUCACCAUCAGUCACCUUUGUCGUCAUCAGAGAGUUCACACUGGAGAAAAGCCUUAUAAAUGCAGUGAAUGUCAGAAAUCUUUUACCAAUUGGAGUAGCCUCCAUUAUCAUAAAAGUUUUCACACUGGAGAAAAGGCUUAUAAAUGCAGUGAAUGUGGGAAAUCUUUUACCAGUAGCAGUGUCCUCCAUUAUCAUCAAAGUUUUCACACUGGAGAGAAGCCUUAUAAAUGCAUUGAUUGUGGGAAAUCUUUCAUCACCAUCAGUGACCUUUGUCGUCAUCAGAGAGUUCACACUGGAGAAAAGCCUUAUAAAUGCGGUGAGUGUCAGAAAUCUUUUACCAAUUGGAGUAGCCUCCAUUAUCAUCAAAGUUUUCACACUGGAGAAAAGCCUUAUAAAUGCAGUGAAUGUGGGAAAUCUUUCACCAGUAACAGUGACCUUCAUUGUCAUCACAGAGUUCACACCGGAGAAAAGCCUUAUAAAUGCCGUGAAUGUGGGAAAUCUUUCACCAGUAACAGUUAUCUUCAUCGUCAUCACAGAGUUCACACUGGAGAAAAGCCCUAUAAAUGCAGUGAAUGUGGGAAAUCUUUUCUCACGAGCUCUCACCUUCAUCGUCAUCAGAGAGUUCACACUGGAGAAAUCCCUUAUAAAUGCAAUGAAUGUGGGAAAUCUUUUACCACUAGCAGUUACCUUCAUUAUCAUCAGAGAGUUCACACUGGAGAAAAGCCUUAUAAAUGCAGUGAAUGUGCUAAAUCUUUUAUCACGAGCUCUCUCCUUCAUCGACAUCAGAGAGGUCACACUGGAGAAAAACCUCAUAAAUGCAAUGAAUGUGGGAAAUGUUUUACCAAUAGCAGUAGCCUCCAUUAUCAUCAAAGUUUUCACACUGGAGAAAAGCCUUAUAAAUGCAGUGAAUGUGGGAAAUCUUUUACCCGGAGCAGUGAGCUCUCUUCUCAUCAGAGAGUUCACACUGGAGAAAGGCCUUAUGUGUGCAGUGAAUGUGGGAAAUCUUUUACCUGGAACACUGCCCUUCAUCGUCAUCGGAGAGUUCAUAGUGGAGAAAAGCCUUAUAAAUGCAAUGAAUGUGGGAAAUCUUUCAAAAGUAGCAAUGGUCUCCACUAUCAUCAGAGAGUUCAAACUGGAGAAAGCCAUUAUGCUUGCAAAUGACAGAGAUAUCUCAGCCAAAUUUCUAAAUUUGCUCUGCCCAUAUGAGUCCAAAUGUGAGUAAUUACUUAGAUGUAUAGGAAAUGUAGUUUCUUAGGUCUUAACAAUAGUAUAAGAAAAUUUGUGAAGUCUCAUUUGUCUCAAUUGUAUCUCAUGCAUUUAAUCACCUACAUAUGUAAAGUUCCCUUAAGUUUUUGCUAUUGUGUUUGUUUUUAUGCUGGAACCACAUGUAUCUAUGUUGCACUUUCUGACAUACAGAGACAUGUUGCCAGAUCUAUGUCACUGUAUAUUUCUGUUGCUGAAGGUAUUUCACCUGAACCACGUAUAAGACCCUUACAGAUGGUAUCCAUCACCAUCCUUAUGGGCCCAAGGAAGCUGUGUCUGUUGUCUAAUUUGUUGACGAAAAUGAGGAAUACCUGAGCCCUUAGUUCUUUCUUGUCUCCCUGUCUUGUGUUGCCACAUAGGACUCAUUACUGUUGGCCCCAGGAAACAUAAUGUGGCAGAGGGCCUGCCAUUUUCAGGGACACACAUUCCCUAAAUGCCAGUGAUGAAUUUAUUGAGUUCCUAAGUCAUCAAUGGAAGAACUGCCAGUCUUUGGUCUCUUUCUUUGCAAAAUAAUGAAGGCUUUUUCCUAGCGCUUCCUUAAUGUUGGGUGUUCUAAUGACUCUAUGGAUUAGUUUAUAUCGGGAUCUGGACUCUCCUAGCAUGAUGAGGUGAAAAACUUAAAUGGAGUCUCAAAUAUUCUUUGACGUUGAAGGAACGGUAUGGUAAAGAAAUUUCCACAGCAGUGUUUGCCAAAUGUACAUUGAUGCCCAUAUUUUUCUAGGAAACUAUUUGGACUCUCUAGUCCUGAUGUGAAGAUGGAUGCUUUGAGACACAGAGAUCACUCCAAAAAGGAGGUAGCUGUGUGACAAGUUCAGGUUUAUCUCCUAGCAGUGUGAAAUUUUUUCUAGUUUCUCAAGGGAUGCCCAUACACUUGCCCACGUCUUGCAGAGGGUCAUGUGCCCUAAAGCCUACAAUUUCAUGGCUAAUGGUCACCGAUUGGAGUACUGUAGCAGUUAGGGGAAACCAUUUCACUACAGAAACAUUGACCUGAUGAGUUUGUAGGGAAUUACAGCCCAUUAGAUGGGAUGUUCCUCAUCUAGACUUGCAUGCAAGAAUGGUUCUGAGAAAAAGACUACAGGAGCGGUGUGUACACAGAUCUGAGGCAUGUUUAUCUUCUUCGGACACAGUCAUUAUCAUUCAAUAUAAUCAGUAGGUUUUGUGGCUUCCUAUAGCUUCUCAGAUGUUCCCAUUAGAGCCAUUGGUGCACUGGCAGAAAAACAAAGACAAAGGCAAAGGGUGUCUAGUCCAGUGAUGUGACUUUUGUGACCCAGACAGCAUUCUUGUUGGUUUGGGUGAAAAUUCUUCAUUGUUUAUUACAUUUUCUGUCCCAGAGGGCAUAAGAAGGUGGAUUGCAUAGAGAUUUGCCAAACAUGUUUUUCCAAUAUAGUUGAAAAUACACAUUCUUAGAUUUUGAAUCAUUUUUUAAAAGGUAUAAUGAGUAAAGUACAGGUUAGGUAUACUGUUUCAUAAAUCAUGAUGUGUUAAUGUAACUAAAACCAUCACUAUAAUCAUAAUAUUGACCAUAUCUGUCACUGUGAACUUGGUUCAUGACUUCUUUUAAAUCUGUCUCUGUGCUUCACAGCUUAAGUAACUAACCAUUGAUUGACAUUCCAUUUUAAUAGAUCAGUUUGCACUUUUCUAAGGAUUUUUAUGUUUUAAUUUAUGUUUCAUAAAUUAUUGGAGAUUUAUUAAAGAUAUAUUAGUAAGUCAUCUUUUUCCUGAUAAGUAUUCUUACCUUUGAAUAUAUCACCAAUAGUUUAUCCAUAUUUAUUAAUAUUUGGUCAUUUCUAAUAAAGCUGGUACAAACGUUACUGUAUAAUUUUAUAUAUGGAUAUAAAUUUCAUUUACCUUUACCAAAAAUUCCGUGCCUGAUCUGUAUAUAAAUGUUAAAAUUUACAAAGAUUAACAUUGUGUGAUCUAAACUGAAUAUGCCAUCAUGGAUGCUGUAGCUUACGUGUUUAGGUAUGAUGCCAUGCACAGCAGAGUUACUACUUUGGAUUACUGGGCUUGUGUGUGGAUUGUGUGCUAGCUCCCCAGAAUGGGGUGUGCAGGAGGCAGCCUUGUCGAUGUUGUAUUCUCAUAUCGUGUUUCUCUCCCUUUCUCCAAAUAUUUUUUUUUUUUGCCCUUUCUCCAAAUAUUAAUAAAAGUGCCCAUCUUGCGUGACUCAUUCAUUGAGCUUUGACCUAUGAACCAGGUGGUCAUGGGUCGAUUCCAAGUCAGGGCACAUUCCCAAGUUGCCGGCUCAAACCCCAGUGUGACGUGUACAGGAGGCAGCCAAUCUAUGAUUCUCUCUCAUCACUUGUGCUUCUUUCUAUCUCUCUCUAAUAGUCAAUGAAUAUAUAUUUAUUGAUUGAUUUUUAAAAGUCAAACUAUUUAAAAAUAAACUGGUUGUACCUUUUUGCAUUUAUCCACUAGUGUGUGAGGUGUUCACAUGCUAGAAAGUAUUUUGUUCGAGCAAGCAUUUUUUAUAUAAACAUAUUCUGUAAUUUUGUCUUUCUACAUCACUGUUUAUUGUAUUUUUUCUAGGAAUUUAUGGUGAACCUUUAUCCGAAGUGUAUUUGUUGAGUCUGUAUAUCUGUUAAAAUACUUUACUGUAUGUUCUGCGUAAUGUGCUGUGAGUUUUGGCAAUUUUCUUCAAAUAAAACACUGAAACAAUA